AUGCUCAUCUGUGGAUCAUCGGCAGCCCUUUGGGCAUUGGCUUUGCCUUUCGCGGCAGCCAAGUCGUUAUGGUCUGAUUCUCCGGGAGAUUACAGUAGCUUCAUAAGCACUGCAUUUCCGCUAGGAAAUGGACGAUUGGGAGCUAUGCCUAUGGGUUCAUACGACAAGGAGAUCACAUACUCCGGAGGAAAUCCAAACGUUUCCAAGGCAGGUGCACUUCCUGGCAUUAGGGAAUGGAUAUUCCAGAAUGGGACAGGCAAUGUCUCUGCGCUGCUGGGCGAGUAUCCGUACUACGGUUCGUAUCAGGUGUUGGCAAACUUGACCAUCGACCUGGGCGAACUGAGUGAUAUUGAUGGAUAUCGUCGGAAUUUGGACCUGAGUUCGGCUGUUUACUCGGAUCAUUUCAGCACCGGCGAGACUUACAUCGAAAGGGAAGCAUUCUGCUCGUAUCCAGAUAAUGUUUGCGUUUACAAACUCAGCUCAAAUUCGUCAAUGCCUGGUAUUACAUUUGGCCUGGAGAAUCAGCUCACGUCGCCUGCCCCGAAUGUCAGCUGCCAUGGGAAUAGCAUCAGCCUAUAUGGUCAGACGUAUCCCGUUAUCGGGAUGAUUUACAACGCCAGGGUGACUGUUGUCGUUCCCGGGUCAAGCAAUACAUCUGAUCUCUGCUCCUCAUCAACCGUGAAAGUGCCAGAGGGAGAGAAGGAGGUGUUCCUUGUAUUUGCUGCUGACACCAAUUAUGAUGCCUCCAACGGGAAUUCGAAAGCUAGCUUUUCGUUCAGAGGGGAGAACCCGUACACGAAAGUACUCCAAGCUGCUACCAAUGCUGCCAAAAAGUCUUACUCUGCACUCAAAUCAUCUCACAUCAAAGAUUACCAAGGCGUCUUCAAUGAAUUUACACUAACCCUCCCAGAUCCCAAUGGCUCGGCCGACCGUCCAACUACCGAGCUUCUGUCGUCUUACAGCCAGCCCGGGGAUCCCUACGUGGAGAAUUUGCUCUUCGACUACGGUCGGUACCUUUUCAUAUCAAGCUCGCGGCCGGGGUCUCUGCCGCCUAACUUGCAGGGUCUCUGGACAGAGUCCUAUUCUCCGGCCUGGAGCGGGGACUAUCAUGCCAACAUCAACCUACAGAUGAAUCACUGGGCCGUUGAGCAAACAGGGUUAGGAAAGCUGACUGAGCCACUCUGGACAUACAUGGCUGAGACUUGGAUGCCUCGAGGCGCAGAGACAGCAGAGUUGUUGUAUGGCACCUCGGAAGGUUGGGUGACGCACGAUGAGAUGAACACAUUUGGACAUACAGCCAUGAAAGAUGUCGCACAGUGGGCCGACUACCCUGCCACAAAUGCCUGGAUGUCACAUCACGUAUGGGACCACUUCGACUAUUCACAGGAUAGUGCUUGGUAUCGCGAAACAGGAUAUCCCAUUCUCAAAGGAGCAGCGCAGUUCUGGCUCUCUCAACUCGUAAAAGACGAGUACUUCAAAGACGGCACUCUAGUGGUAAACCCUUGCAAUUCACCCGAGCAUGGACCUACAACCUUCGGCUGCACCCACUACCAACAACUAAUCUGGGAAGUAUUCGACCACGUCCUGCAAGGCUGGACCGCGUCCGGUGACGAUGACACCUCCUUCAAAACCGCCAUCACCUCCAAAUUCUCCACCCUAGACCCAGGCAUCCACAUCGGCUCAUGGGGCCAAAUCCAAGAAUGGAAGCUCGACAUUGACGUCAAAAAUGACACCCACCGCCACCUCUCUAACCUCUACGGCUGGUACCCAGGAUACAUAAUCUCCUCCGUGCACGGAUCCAACAAAACCAUCACCGACGCCGUCGAAACCACCCUCUACUCCCGCGGCACCGGCGUCGAAGACUCCAAUACCGGCUGGGCCAAGGUAUGGCGUAGUGCGUGCUGGGCGCUGCUUAACGUCACCGACGAAGCAUACUCGGAGUUGUCGCUCGCAAUUCAAGACAACUUCGCAGAUAACGGAUUCGACAUGUACUCCGGAUCACCACCAUUCCAGAUCGAUGCUAACUUCGGACUUGUGGGAGCGAUGGUUCAGAUGCUUAUUCGGGAUUUAGACCGGUCCAAUGCGGAUGCUCGUGCCGGUAAGGCGCAGGCUGUACUUCUUGGGCCCGCUAUUCCGGCUGCUUGGGGAGGUGGGAGUGUUGAUGGACUGCGGUUGCGGGGCGGUGGUAUCGUGAGUUUCAGUUGGGAUGAUAGUGGUGUUGUCGAUUCAUGCAAGGCCAAUCUUUCUGCAAGGGGAAGUAACGCUUCGAGAGUGGAGUUUUAUGUUGCGGGUGGUAAGGCGAUUGAUUGUUCGUCAUCGUGAGACUUCUCGCUUCCAUGUUGCUAGGGCGAUAGUAGCUGGCCACUGGCCCAGCUGGUGCAAACCAUGGAUACUCUGCUAUAUAGUAUGAUUUAGGAGGACCCCCCUUUCUCUAAUCAAAC